ACAGUGUUGGUAUCUGUGUGGAUAAUAAGUUGCGUCCUCGCCAUCCAAUUUAUUUUCUUUCCAAAAGAAAUUGAGAUGGUAGCUGUAGUUAUUUGCCUUAUAGGAUAUGUUCUAACGACCAUGGCAUAUGUUCGAAUUUACAAAGUCGUCAGGUAUCAUCAAAAUCAGAUACACAGUCAAAAUCAGCUUCAAAAUGCCCAAACAAGGGAGGCACACCGACAAAGGAAGUCUGCCUCUAAUAGUUUAUUUGUGUCAGUAGUUUUGUUAGCUUGUUAUUUUCCUUCUUUUCCUUGUACAAUACUGUACGAGACAAAUACUUCUGACAUUUCGUUUCUCGUAGCUAGACUUGGGUCGGUUUUCUUAAUUUGCCUGAAUUCAUCAUUAAAUCCUAUUGUUUAUUGCUGGCGGUACCGAGAGAUUCGCCAAAGUGUAAAAAGCACAUUG